UCUCUAUAAAUAUUAUUGAAAAAAAUAUAUAAUUUUAAUAAAAAAAUAAUGACAAUCAUUUAUUGAAAUCAUGCAUGCACUUCGUUGAGGAUCGACCGCUAGAUGGCUGCUUUCCUGGUGGUAACUUUGAUACAUUCUAAUACAUAGCGACCGACUUUGCGGAGAUUAGUUGUUGCGACGUAAUUUUGCAAUUCUAUGCGAGCUGUGGCCACCCACCGAUUUUCUGCCGGUAGCUUCUAGCUGCGGCUAGUUCAACCGACAUGAAGGUCCCUUGUAUUUCACCGAUUCCCGAUUGCGCGCAUAUGCUCCAGGAUUUGCCCCGGUUCACUUGCAUUUGGUGCAUGCAAUAAUUUCUCCCGAUCCUCCCUCCGUAAAAAACUCCGACAACAAGCCCUCCUUUCUUUCUGGCGAUCCAGUGGAGCAAUCUAGGGUUCGGAUCCGGUGGCUCAAAUCCGAGCAAUCUAGGGUUCGGGCGACUUUUGCAGCCGACUUGAAAGCUCGCAACUUCGUUGUCAGGGCGAUCGAUUCAAUCCGGUGAUGGGAUUGAAUAGAUUGAUACCCCUCAAUCUUUUGAGAUUCACAAAGUCUAAUGCCAUCAGAAGAUAUAGCGCAGUUGCUGGUAAGGAUCCUUCAAUUGCCGGUGUCAAAGAUAUCAUUGCUGUUGCUUCGGGGAAAGGCGGCGUUGGGAAGUCUACUACCGCAGUUAAUUUGGCUGUUGCACUUGCGAAAACAUGUCAGCUCAAGGUGGGUUUACUGGAUGCUGAUAUAUAUGGGCCAUCUAUUCCUACAAUGAUGAAUCUACGUGGAAAGCCAGAAGUGAGUGAAGAUCUGAAGAUGGUUCCAAUUGAAAACUAUGGGGUUCAAUGCAUGUCCAUAGGGUUUCUUGUUGACAAGGAUGCUCCAAUUGUAUGGAGAGGUCCUAUGGUAAUGAGUGCUCUUGAGAAAUUAACAAGGGGAGUUGCUUGGGGAAGUGUUGAUAUUCUAGUUGUUGAUAUGCCCCCUGGUACUGGAGAUGCUCAGCUGUCUAUAUCUCAGAGACUGAAGUUAUCUGGUGCUUUGAUUGUUUCAACUCCUCAAGAUAUUGCACUGAUUGAUGCUCGAAGAGGAGCCAACAUGUUUCGUAAAGUUGAAGUUCCUAUUUUGGGUCUGAUCGAGAACAUGAGCUAUUUUAAGUGUCCUCACUGUAGUGAGAAAUCAUACAUUUUUGGACAUGGUGGAGCACAAAAGACAGCUGAGGAGUUGGAUAUAAAAUUCCUUGGUGAGAUACCUUUGGAGCUGGAUAUCAGAAGCAGUUCGGAUGAAGGCCAUCCAAUAGUUAUCUCGGCCCCUAAUUCUUCAGCCGCAAAGGCGUACACUGAUGUGGCUGAAAAAGUGGCCCGCAGACUAGGGGAGUUUGCCGAACAACGACAGCAAGGUCCGCAGAUCAUGUUGUGAAACUGGCAGCCCAAAUGGUAUCGAAAUGGCUGAGUUGUCUUAUAGACGCUUAUCGAGAUUUGCAAGGGCAUUUGAGCUGAGUCAGCCAUUGAUGUUGCUAUCAUUUGCCUGCUCAGUAGUCCUGGAAAUCUGCGACUAGUCAUGAUGCCUUCAUGGUUUAUACAUUAAAUUAAACUUCCAUCUUUUGUUACCAAAAAAAAAAAACUUCCAUCUUUGUUUAUGGAAGUCAAAUUUUCCAUUAAAACAGGGUGGGAGAGAGAGAGAGCUUAUUGAUGCAAUUUAAGCGCGCCCACAGGAGCCACUAUUGUUGUCGAGAAAGAAAGCAAGAUUGGUUGGUAUUUUAGGUUGUAUCAUGUCUUCUGUGAAGCAAGAUUAGUUGGAAAUGCCGCCAGUCUAUGUGGUGAGUUUCAUGA